GAACGGCCAUCAGCAAUUCAAACGCUCCAACAGUAAUUUAACACUGCAAAAUUAGCGUGGUUAGUGAAUUUUGUAGCCAUGUCUUUCGAACUCGCUUUUGGUUCUCGUGUUGCCUCCAUUAUGGAAACUUUGACAGAAAAAGCCGUGCAAGACAUCUGUCAACUUAUGGGAGAAACUUAUGCUGCUCUUCGAGUGGAAAUGUUGCAUGAACAAAACCAAAGAUCGAUAAAGUUACAGGCGAUUGAAAAUAACAUCGAGAAGGAGAAGCCAGCGAACUGCAUGGAGAUGAUUCAAAAACCAGCUUCCCCAACAGGUUUCAGAAACUUCCCAGUCGUGGAGCAAAUCCUCAAUGAACAACAGGCCAAUGGUCUUUGGCUAGAAGGUGAUCCUACUGUGGAAGACGAAGGUCCACCGUCACUUGUACCAGAGGAAGAACAGCCAUCACAGGCUUUUGGUCAGAUGACAGACAUGGGGGCGGAGACAUGGCCUGCACCACCUGUCAUAAAACAGGAGGAAAUGGAUGAUGGUGACAUGGAGUCUCAAGGUUAUGGCAAGGAGAUUCGAGACACUCACAAGGCCAACCAGAAUAUCACAGGAGAAAGUGAUGAGCCAGACAGAAGUCCAGCCUCUGGGGGAUCCAGAGAACUUGGACUCGACGACUUCAAGAGAGAACAGAGUCCGUUGCUGGUGUCAGCUGAGGAUGCAGCGGCACCCACAAAGAAGAAAUGUAAUAAUAUAAAAAUGUACACGUGUGAAGUAUGUGGUAAGAUUGAGACCAAGAAAGGCACAAUGACAAGUCACAUGAUAAAGCACACAGGGCUGCUCUUUAGCUGUGAUAUCUGUGGUGAGAAAUUCAAGCGUCGAGACUGCUUGACCAGACACAAGCGCUCCAAUCACUACACAGGGAUCAUCUACAGUUGCUCUGUGUGCGGAAAAACCUUCCGGCAGGCCACAUCUCGCGACACGCAUGAGCGUGGUCACACUGGAAAAAACUAUUGGUGUUCAGACUGUGGCGAGACGUUCAAGGAGCGCCAGGAUCGCGACACACAUGAUUGCAUUGUUUACAAGGGAGACCGGCCCUUCAGCUGCUCAGAGUGCAACGAGGACUUUCAAAGGCAGUACCAUCUCAAACAACACCAGCUGGAAAAACACCCUCUAAUGGUGGACCAGACUGUCCACUAUAAACUCAGAUGCUCUGUGUGUGGAAAAGUGUUCACGCACAUCAAAUGGUUAAUCAGGCAUGAGCGCACUCACAGGGGAAAAAAUGAGCGCAGAGAUCAUGACCCACACGAGUCCUUUGUUGAAGAUCCUAUCAACAAACAACUUGAGUCAAAGGACCUAGAGGGUCAGUUUGGGUCAGUUGAGAGUUCUGAGGCACCCAUAAGGAGUGAAAUGAUACGGUACACCUGUGAAAUAUGUGGAAAAACUUGGGCGACUAAAAGUGGCAUGCGCAGUCACCUGGUAAUACACAAAAAGAAGCACUAUACCUGUGAUGUCUGUGGCAAGGUAUUUAGGCUCAAAUCUCUGUUCACAAUGCAUCAGCUCAGACACACUGGAUUUAAAAGUCAGUACCAGCUUGAAAAACACCCUCUAAAGUUGGAGCAGCCAUGUUCUGAUCAUGAUACUGCCAUGGUAGUUCAGGGAGCACAGCCUUCUACUGACAGUGACUUAAAGACAGAUAUGAGUGCCCUAGGUGGUUCAAGUUCAGGUCCCACAGACUAAGUUGAGCAACGAUCACAGUAACUAUGUCAAAAACGACGUGUUCCUAUAGAAGUCGAGGAAGCACAGCCUACGCCUGCCUGAAAAUGGCUGCUCCCUUUUUGUCCCCACUGAAGAUGACAAGUUAAAUGGCUUCAACUGAAUGAAGUUGUUUUGUAAAGUACAAAACAUUUACACAUGAAUAAAGGGCCAAUGGAGAGUGGGGAAAUAGUGUGUAGAACAGCUACGGGACUGGAAUUAGACGGGAGUGGCAGGGGAUUACAUAUGCGCAGAGAGGGGUGGGCUUCACUGCACAUCGUUCCUCAGGCACCUGGAUUAUCUUUUUAAGCAAUUAUUUGAUUCUAAUCCUCAUGUAAAUUUAUUUUAGGCUGAAUUUUGUUACAUGCAGCUUGGAUUUUUCCUUUCAUGCCAAUAAAACUUAUUUGAAUCUGGA